AACGCCGGCACAGCACACGCAAGCAGCUAGACAUGAAGUGUCUGGUGGUAGCAGCGCUGGCGGUAGUAGCCGUGGGCUCACCUGUACCAGACAAUUGUGUCGUGCCAUGUGGAACUGUCGGCCAGACUUAUGUGUCCUUGCCACUCCAGUACCAGGCAGCCUAUGCAGUUGGUGCUGGCCCAGUGGCACCAACUCCUGAAGUCCAGCAAGCUACUGCAGCUUUCAUGGCUGCCUGGAAUGCUGCUGCCGCUGGAGCAAAUACCCUUACAUCGACGCUAUUGACGCCAUCAGGAUAUGUUCAAAAUCCUGCACAAGUCCACACAGCCUGUUCACAGUUCUUGGCAGCAUGGAAUCAAGCUGCUACACGUGCAGCAACUGUCCAGCAUGCAGUCUACUCUCUUCCACAACCAGUUCGGCAAACUGAAGAAGUAAGGAAAGCUACUGAGGAGUUUAUGGCUGCAUGGAGGGCUGCUGCUCAGCGUGUUUCAACUAUUCAGCAAGCAAUCCCUGUUUCUGUUGAUCCUUAUUCCUCUGCACCUAAGCCGGUAGAAGCUACUGAAGAGGUCAAAAGGGCUACAGCUGAAUUCAUGGAAGCUUGGAAUAAGGCUGCAGCAAGAGUGCCAUCUAUUCAAACCACCAUGUACCAGCUCUCAGGAACAACAGCAGCUGCUGCUCCUCAAGCAGCAGGAUCUACUCCCCAGUUUACUCCAUCGGUUGAACAAGCUACUGCUGAGUUCAUGAAGGCAUGGAAUGCUGCUGCUGCUGCCGCUGCAGCUGCUCCUGAUGUCAAUAUCAUCAUGGGUGCUAGCUCACGUCCCCAAACCCCUGCCCAAUCUGUUGGUACCUACUCUGCCCCUUCUUACACUCCAGCUGCUCCUUCUGUACCUUCACAUGGAGCUCCCCAGCCAGUUCAACCUACUCCUGAAGUUCAGAGAGCUACUGCAGAAUUCAUGGCUGCAUGGAAUAAGGCUGCUGCACGAGCAACCAAGAUUCAGUCAGUCUUAGUUAAGUCUGGAACUCCUGGUCAUUACAACAUUCAGGUUCCUCAGCAGGUUCAGGCUACCAGGGAAGUGCAAAAGGCUACAGCUGAAUUCAUGGCUGCAUGGAAUGAAGCUGCACGUCGGGCAACUACUGUACAGCAUGCUAUGUAUUCUGUACCUCAGCCAGUCCAGCCAACUGAAGAAGUUCGACGAGCUACUGCUGAGUUCAUGGCUUCUUGGGAAGCUGCUGCACAGAGAGCAUCUGCUAUUAGACAAGCAGUGAGUGUGACUGCUGAUCCUUAUUCUGCUGCACCAAAACAGGUAGAGGCUACUGAGGAAGUCAAGAGAGCUACAGCUGAAUUCAUGGAUGCUUGGAAUAAGGCUGCAGCUAGAGUAGGAGCCAUUCAGACUACUGUUUACCAAGUAGCAGGUACUGUACCAGCUGCUGCUCCUGCUCAAGCUUCUGGUUCAGCUCCUCGCUUCACCCCAUCAGUGGAACAAGCAACUGCUGAAUUCAUGAAGGUAUGGAAUGCUGCUGCUGCUGCUGCUGCAGCUGCUCCUGAUGUCAAUAUCAUCAUGGGUGCUAGCUCUCUUCCCAGGACUCCUGCUCAAGCUGUUGUAUACCAAGCACACUCUGUUGGUACCCCAUCUGCUCCUUCCUCUUUCACUCCAGCUGCUCCUGCUGUACCUUCAUAUGGAGCUCCCCAGCCAGUUCAACCUACUCCGGAAGUUCAGAGAGCUACUGCAGAAUUCAUGGCUGCAUGGAAUAAGGCUGCUGCACGAGCAACCAAGAUUCAGUCAGUCUUAGUUAAGUCUGGAACUCCUGGUCAUUACACCAUUCAAGUUCCUCAGCAGGUUCAGGCUACCAGGGAAGUGCAAAAGGCUACAGCUGAAUUCAUGGCUGCAUGGAAUGAAGCUGCACGUCGGGCAACUACUGUACAGCAUGCUAUGUAUUCUGUACCUCAGCCAGUCCAGCCAACUGAAGAAGUUCGACAAGCUACUGCUGAGUUCAUGGCUGCUUGGGAAUCUGCUGCACGGAGAGCAUCUGCUAUCAGACAAGCAGUGAGUGUGACUGCUGAUCCUUAUUCUGCUGCACCAAAACAGGUAGAGGCUACUGAGGAAGUUAAGAGAGCCACAGCUGAAUUCAUGGAAGCUUGGAAUAAGGCUGCAGCUAGAGUAGGAGCUAUUCAGACUACUGUUUACCAAGUAGCAGGUACUGUACCAGCUGCUGCUCCUGCUCAAGCUUCUGGUUCUGCUCCCCGUUUCACCCCUGCUGUUGAACAAGCUACUGCUGAAUUCAUGAAGGCAUGGAAUGCUGCUGCUGCAGCUGCUGCAGCUGCUCCUGAUGUCAAUAUCAUCAUGGGUGCUAGCUCUCUUCCCAGGACUCCUUCUCAAGCUGUUGUAUACCAAGCACACUCUGUUGGUACCCCAUCUGCUCCUUCCUCUUUCACACCAGCUGCUCCUGCUGUACCUUCAUAUGGAGCUCCCCAGCCAGUUCAACCUACUCCUGAAGUUCAGAGAGCUACUGCAGAAUUCAUGGCUGCAUGGAAUAAGGCUGCUGCACGAGCAACCAAGAUUCAGUCAGUCUUAGUUAAGUCUGGAACUCCUGGUCAUUACAACAUUCAAGUUCCUCAGCAGGUUCAGGCUACCAGGGAAGUGCAAAAGGCUACAGCUGAAUUCAUGGCUGCAUGGAAUGAAGCUGCACGUCGGGCAACUACUGUACAGCAUGCUAUGUAUUCUGUACCUCAGCCAGUCCAGCCAACUGAAGAAGUUCGACGAGCUACUGCUGAGUUCAUGGCUUCUUGGGAAGCUGCUGCACGGAGAGCAUCUGCUAUCAGACAAGCAGUGAGUGUGACUGCUGAUCCUUAUUCUGCUGCGCCAAAACAGGUAGAGGCUACUGAGGAAGUUAAGAGAGCCACAGCUGAAUUCAUGGAAGCUUGGAAUAAGGCUGCAGCUAGAGUAGGAGCCAUUCAGACUACUGUUUACCAAGUAGCAGGUACUGUACCAGCUGCUGCUCCUGCUCAAGCUUCUGGUUCUGCUCCUCGCUUCACCCCAUCAGUGGAACAAGCAACUGCUGAAUUCAUGAAGGCAUGGAAUGCUGCUGCUGCUGCCGCUGCAGCUGCUCCUGAUGUCAAUAUCAUCAUGGGUGCUGGUUCCCGGCCUCAGGCUCCUUCCCACUCUUUUAGCUAUUCAGCACCCACCUCUGCUGUGCAUACUUAUGGUGUUCCCCAACCUGUACAACCCACCCCUGAAGUUCAGAGAGCAACAGCUGAAUUCAUGGCAGCAUGGAAUGCUGCUGCUCAGGGGGCUACACAGAUUCAGACAUCUCUGGUGAAAUCUGGUCAAGCUCCUACACAGGUUGUUGCAACAGAUGCUGUCAAGAAGGCAACACAAGAGUUCAUGGCGGCAUACAAUGCAGCUGCUAGAAGAGCAGGUGUUGUUGAACAGGCAGUGUCAACCAUUCCACAACAAGUCCAACAGACUGAGGAGGUUAAGAGAGCUACAGCAGAAUUCAUGACUGCAUGGCAUGAUGCUGCUCAACGAGCAUCAGCCAUUAAGCUGACAGUAUCAGGACCACAGCCAGUGCAACCAACUGAUGAGGUGCAGAGAGCUACAGCUGCAUUCAUGGCUGCUUGGAAUCGCGCUGCUUCCCGAGUUCCAAAGAUUGAAACAACCAUGUAUACACUGUCAGGUUCAAGUGCACUGGAUACCUGUGCUGCUUGUGCAGCCCCAUCACCUGUUUCUGAUACCCCUGAGGUCAGAGCUGCCAAAGAACAGUUCAUGGCCACAUUCAGAGCUGCCGAAGAGGCUGCUCGCCGCGCAUCUGUGUCCCGUGGUGUACUGCCUGUUCCCCCAGUGUUGGCUGUGCAUGCCCCAUCCCAUGUAGUAACAUACAGCACAGGUGCCCCUACCCACGGUUACAUUCUUUCUGACCGUCUCUUUGCUCCCUUCCACGGACUUCCUCUUCAUGUGAAGGACUGCUAAGAAAAAUCCUGUAUGACUGAUCUAGCUAUCAUCAUUUAUAGAUUCUUGUUACUUUUCCACGACAAAUGCGAUUGUAAAUAAAAACGAAAUGAAUCAGAAUGUCAUAGUAUUAAACUAUUUCACACGAAAUAUUAUUCAGUGUAUAUUUGUUCCUUUUAUGUACUUGGUAAUCUGUAAGUGAUGCAUGUUCUACAAAAGUGAAAGAAUGGCAUGAGAUUGCACUGUCACACAAUGUUAGUUCAAGAUGUUUAAAAUCACAUUAGCAAAAUACACUUUCAUAUAGUGAUUAUGGUAAAGCUGCUUAUUCCUUUGGAGUAUAGAAGUCUCUUUAGCUUCACUCAGAACUAAUGCUUUUAUGCACCACAUACUUGUUUGUGCUUCUCAGCUGCAAUGUGAUAAAUUAUCCAGUCUUGACUAAUGUGUCAGUGGCUCUACCACUAGCCUUUGCAACUGAUGUACCAUAUCAUCCUAUUGAUUGACUCAAUUAAAAUAUUUCAAAUA